AUGCCGCCGGCGCCGGCGUACGCCGUCCUCGCUUCAGCAUUCAGGACCAGAAACCCCAUCUGCGUUCAUAGGUGGCUCGCUGUUUUUGAUUGGUGCAUGCCAGCUAUUCGACAGAAUGUAUCGGAGGUGCUUCCUGAUGCAAUAUUGCCUCCAGGCUUCCGCCCAAGCAUUGUUCCAAGAGGAUACGUUCUCGGGUCGCCAAGGCUUUGCCAUACCAGCGCUUCAGGGGACUCCCUAGAUGUCCGCGUCGGUGAAGUUCUGAGAGUUCUCAAGUCUUGUGAUGCUGAUGCUGACCUCAGCAAAGACCUGUGUCGGUUUGCCGAUGAGAUUGACAGGGAUGUUGUUCUGGAAGUCCUCCAGAAGCAGAGGUCCAAUUGGCAGGUCGCGCUGCUGUUCUUCACUUGGGCGGCUGGUCUGCCUACGUAUGAGCACGGUCCGAGGACAUACAUCGAGAUGCUUGACAUCCUUGGGCGGAUGAAGAAGGUCAGGCUUAUGAGACAACUCUUCGAUGAGAUUCCUGAACAACGCCGCGGGUUGGUCGUAACGAACAUGAUGUUUGCUGUCCUGUUGAACCGGUAUGCAGGGGCUCACAAGGUGCAAGAAACGAUCGAGAUAUUCUACAAGAGGAAUGAUUAUGGGUUUGAGGUUGACUUGGUUGGAUUCCAGAUACUUCUGAUGUCGCUCUGUCGUUACAAGGACGUCGAGGAGGCUGAGGCCCUCUUUCUUCAGAAGAAAGAUGAGUUCCCUCUUGUCAUAAAGAGCCGGAACAUCAUUCUUAACGGUUGGUGUGUCAAGGGAAGCCUGCCUGAUGCUAAAAGGGUUUGGAAUGAGAUCAUUGCAUCUAAGUUUAAGCCGGACCUCUUCACAUAUGGUACGUUCAUAAAUGCACUAACCAAAGCUAAUUCAUAUCCUCUAAACACAAAAGUAUUGAAAUCCAGACACAAGUCAGGAUUCUGGAGCAUAUUGUCAAGGUAA